AUGGCAGACCGUCACGACGCUCUCCGUCAGCAAAUCACCGCCGGCGCGGUGCUCACCCCGGGAGACGAUGGCUUCCAGCAGGCGCUCAUCCGCUGGAGCUACGCCGCCAUCAAGCCCGCAUCCCUGGUCGUCCAGCCGGCAUCCCCGCAAGAGGUAUCCAUCGCCGUGCGCUACGCGACCGCCAACAAGAUACCCCUCGUCGUCAUGGGCGGCGGACACUCCACCAGCGGCGCGUCCUCGUCCGACGGCGGCAUGGUCGUAGACCUGCGGCGCCUUAACUCGGUGCGCGUUGAUGCAGCCGCCCAGACAGUCACCUUUGGCGGCGGGUGCAAGUGGAAGGAGGUGGAUGAGACGUGCGGCGCGCAGGGUCUCGCGACGGUCGGCGGCACCGUCAAUCACACCGGCGUUGGCGGGCUGACAUUGGGCGGCGGUUACGGGUGGCUGUCCAGCCGGUAUGGGCUGACCAUCGACAACCUCUUGAGCGUAGAAAUCGUUCUUGCUGAUGGAAAGAUUGUCACGGCGUCGGAGAAGGAGAACGCAGACCUCUUCUGGGCUGCCGUCACCAGCUUCACGAGCAAGGUCUACCCGCAAGGCGACGUGUGGAUGGGACCCAUCGUCUACACGCUCGACAAGAUUCCGCAGGUCGUCGCCUUCGCCAACUGGUUCCAUGAGAACAAUACGGGCGACGAGUCCUUUUGGUUUGGCGUGCUGGGCGCGGCUCCCGGCGUCCCCGCCCCGGUGCUUUUCUGCAUGGCGUUCAAGAACACAGCCUCGCAGGCCGAAGCGGAAGCCUUCUUCAAGGACCUGCUCGACAUCGGCCCUGUCGCCAACAUGGCCCGCGUGAUGCCCUACUCGGAGGCCAACAACCAAAUCCCCAACCGCGACGAGGAGAAGCGGCGUCUGCAGGGCGGCGCCAAUUUUGUGAUGCCGCUGCAGGAGGAGUUUGUAAACAGGAUAGUCAGCGAGUUCGUGCCCUUUGUGCAAGAGCGCAACAUUGGCGAAGGUUCCGGCAUCAUCUUCGAGGUGUUCCCCCACGAGAAGAUCCGCGAGGUUGAAGGCAACGCGACGGCGUUCCCCUCAAGAGGCAACUUUUACCACGCGGCGAGCAUGUUUUCGUGGGACGAGGCGGCCAUGGACAAGGAGGUGCGAGAUCACAACCGCAAGAUCAUCGGGCUGUUCCGCGAGAAGGGAUUCCAGGGUAUGGGUGGCCAGUACAACAACUACGAUGGCGAAUUCCUGGGACCGGAGCGAGCAUUUGGCCACAACUUGUCGAGGCUGCAGGAGCUGAAGAAAAAGUAUGACCCGGAGAACGUGUUCUGCAAGUGGCACAGCGUGUGGCCUGCGGCUUCGGCAUAG